AAGACAAGCGAAACUUCCGCCUUUCCCAGCGCACAGCGUAGCGCUAGCGCCUCGCGCGACCGCCGCGAGCCGCGAAAGAACAGGGAAUCCGGCCUCUUCCAAAUCGAGCGCGUCGAGAUUCGUGUCCGUCGUGCCGGCAGCCCCGGCAGGGCCGGCACCAGAACAGAACACCCACCUUUACUGCUGACGCGGGCACGACUCGUCGCCGUCGCCGCCGCCGCCGUCGCCGCCGCCGCCGCCGCAAAGCGCGGACCAGUUCCUCCCGGGUCGAAUCUGUCGACUGUAUAACACGCAGCAGCCUUAACGGCCGGCCCGCCACCGCGAGAUGCCUCGGAAGUCGCACAAGCCGAGGGGCGCGGCCGCGCACGCCCCCGUUGGUCUCACGGCCGGGCCGAGGCCUCCCCUGAAGGCCGCGGCCCCAAACCCUAGCCCCGCGUCCGAGCUUCCCCAGGCUGGCGUAGCAGAGGCCGAGGGCCUUAAGGCACCUGACGCCGGGGCGUCCGCCGCCGCUGAGGCCCUGGAGCGCCUCCACGUCGGCCCUGCUUCUGAUGGUGACCCGCCGUCGCUGCCGCCUUCUGAGCCCGUGGACGAGGCCUCCGCGCCGCCUCAGCCGCCGCCGGUCGAGGCGUCGUCUUCCGGGAGGUCUGCGGCGGGCGGGAGUUGGGAGGAGGAGGCUGUAAGGAAGCUGCACGAGCUGGCGGAGGUUGGUGGGGAUGAGGUGGAGUUGACCGAGGAGGAGGUGCGCGCCAAUGAUCAGAGGCAGGAGGACGAGAUCUGUGCCCUCGAAGCAAUUUUUGGAGAUGCUGUAGUGAUUUUGGACAGAAAGGGAGGCCAGCGGUCUUUCCAGGUUCUUGUGCAUAUUGAGAUCCCAGAUUCUAUAGAUGUAUCAACAAAGCUCAAUUAUGGUGAUGGAACAUUAAAUUAUGGGGCAACAUGUGAUGAUGAUGAUGACCUUUUCUACAAGUUCAGAGUUGAGCAUUUGCCUCCAAUCCUGCUAACAUGUCUCCUGCCUACAUCAUACCCAAGUCACCGUCCUCCCUUUUUCACUAUAUCCACAUAUUGGCUUGAUAAACGGAUGAUUUCAUUGUUAUGUCGCAUGCUUGAUAUGCUUUGGGAAGAGCAACAAGGGAUGGAAGUAGCAUAUCAAUGGGUGCAAUGGCUCCAAAGUUCUUCCCUUUCUCACUUAGGGUUUGAUAAUGGAGUAAUUUUGAGCAAGAGUGAUGUGACAUGUGAUGCAGAUGGUGAAGAUAAGCGUGCUUGUCCAGACAAUGCUCCACCAGAUGUUAUAAUUCCAAGGCUGAUGAGAUACAAUGACAAUAAGCAUCAUGAAGCUUUCUUACAUGCUAUCCAUGAUUGCAUGAUUUGUUUCAGCGAGUGUCCUGGUGUUGAUUUCAUCAAACUUCCGUGUCAUCAUUUCUUUUGCUGGAAAUGCAUGCAAACAUACUGCAAAAUGAAUGUCAAGGAAGGAAAUGUAGUGAAGUUGCUAUGUCCUGAUACAAAAUGUGAAGGUGCUGUUCCUCCGAAUGUAUUGAAAAGGCUGCUUGAAGAGGAUGAAUAUGAACGUUGGGAGGGAUUACUGCUUCAGAGAACUCUUGAUGCCAUGAAAGAUGUUGUGUACUGUCCAAGAUGUCAAACUGCUUGCUUGGAGGAUGUAGGUAAUGAAGCAGUGUGUUCAAGUUGUUUGUUCAGCUUUUGCACCCUUUGUAGAAAUCGCCGCCAUGUUGGAGAGCAAUGUAUGUCUCCAGAAGAAAGACUUAUGAUCUUGGAGAAACGCCAAGAAUCUGGGAAUGUGCAAGGAGAUCAGAUGAAAAUUCUAGAGGAACUACGCAGCCUGAAGGAAAUUAUGAAGGAUUCAAAACAGUGCCCAAAAUGCAGGAUGGCCAUAUCUAAGACAGAAGGAUGCAAUAAGAUGCAUUGUGGGAACUGUGGGGAGUACUUUUGCUAUCAAUGCAACCGUGCGAUCACUGGAUAUGAGCAUUUCAGGGGUUCUUGUGUGCUUUUCCCUCAAGAGGAACUGGACAGAUGGGAAUUGCAAAUGAAUCAAAGGGUCCGACGCCAAGUUGUUGCACAUGCGCAUGCUGAAAUGCAUGGGCGGGAUGGUCAAGCUCAUCCUUGCCCUACUUGUCGGCAACCGUCUCCAAAGAUCGGAAACAACAACCACCUCUUCUGUUGGGCAUGCCAGAAGCAUUUUUGUGCCCUGUGCCAUAAGACUGUCCAAAAGCCUGCACAGCAUUAUGGUCCCAAAGGAUGCAAGCAACAUUCGGCGGAUCCCUGAACGAGGUUUUCCCAUAUGUGCAUCAACACCAUGGUGGCAGUGCAAUUUCCAAGUGUUUUGUGCAAGUGCACAUAUAUACUUAUCCUGGGACGUACUUUACUCCUGGAUUCCAAUUUUUGGCUGCGAGCAUGUUUUGAAGCUUCCAUUGUCAUUGUACCUACACUAACAGUUCGGCAGUUUACAUUCGUGAACAUGAAGGAACUAUUCAUUCAUUCAGUACCGGAUGAAUUUUUUAGAUUACUCUGUAUAUUGAAGAUGCGAUUGAACACCAAGUCAAAAACCAAUAGAACCUUGCAGAAUUCUGAGAGGGAAGAUUAUUUGUUGUACUGUUGGAUUGAUCAAUAUAUACAAAGAAUAUGCUACAUGUUUUCUUA